AUGAACAGGCAGAACAGCUCGGAGGAGGUCUACUUCAUCCUGCUUGGGUUCUCCCAGUACCCACGGGCCCAGACCACCUUCUUCUUCCUGCUUCUCAUGUCCUACGUCAUCACGCUUUUGGGGAACAGCCUCAUCCUGCUCCUGAUCUGCUCCUACUCCCGGCUCCACACACCCAUGUACUUCUUCCUGGGCAACCUGUCCUUCCUGGACAUGUGCUACACCACAUCCAGCGUGCCCCGGAUACUUGUCAACUGCUUGGUGACCAGUCCCAUCAUCUCACUAGGACAGUGUGUGGCUCAGAUGGCUAUGGGGCUUUAUCUGGGUGUUGUGGAGUGCCUCCUGCUGGCUGCCAUGGCUUAUGAUCGCUGUGUGGCCAUUUGUGACCCCCUGCGCUAUUCUAUACGCAUGGGGCCCCGGCUGUGCUGCCUGUUGGCUGGGAGCUCAUGGACUGCUGCCUUCCUGCUGACUGUAGUCCCUGUGCUGACCAUGCCUUGGGAGUUCUGUGGCCGCCAUGUCAUCAACCAUUUUUCGUGUGAACUCCUGGCCCUGCUCAAGCUCGCCUGCUCUGACCUGCACUUCUACAAGUUGCUCAUGUUGGGAACCAGUGCUCUGACCCUGCUGGCUCCUUGUGCCUUCAUUGUGGCCUCCUAUGGAAGGAUCCUGGUGGCCGUGCUGCGGAUACGCUCCACAGAGGGCCGUGCCAAGGCGUUCUCCACGUGUGGCUCUCACCUCAUGGUGGUCGCCCUCUUCUAUGGCACGGCCAUCUCCAUGUAUAUGAUGCCUCAGGACAAAACCAUACGUGACAGAGAUAAGAUAAUCUCCAUGUCCUAUGGAGUCCUCACCCCCAUGCUGAAUCCCCUCAUCUACAGCCUGCGGAACAAGGACAUAAAAAGGACCUUUAAGAGGCUCUUGGGGAAGAAGAUUGACCCCUAA